GGUCCUAACGCAGUAGAUCCAACUCAAUUGCGAUGCCCCACUGUACUGACAAUUUUGUUUGGUACUUAAGCAAGUUUAUCGCUGGCUUUACGGGAAUGCUCUUCUUUUAUGUGGUUUUCCUGAAAGAGAGGUAACUUUCAACUACGAGAGCGAAUCGGAAAAGCAAACACAGUGAACGUAAAAAUACUUGUGUUAUAGGGAACAGGCUUGCCUGUGCAAAGCAAGAAUGAGAGAAUUCUUACGGCGCAGAGGGGAGAAGUGAGUCACGUUGGUCAUACGUGCGAGAUCUUUUCCUAUUGCUCCCUUUGUCAAUGAUACAAAUUUUUUUUACCCUAUUUAAUAUUUAUAAGACUAAUUAUAAUAUUACUUAUAUUAUAAUUAGUCUUAUAUACUAUACUAUAUACUAUAUACUAUAUACUAUAUACUAUAUACUAUAUACUAUAUACUAUAAUAUUACUAUAUUUAUAAGACUAAUUAUAAUAUCUAAAAGAAUAUCACGCAUCGUAUGACCAGCAAUAUCACGUGCAUGGCAUAAUCAUAAGUUCUAAUACUUAGUACUAAUACCUGUCCGUUAGACAACCAGGCAGAUGUGGAUGCAAGAAAGGGUAAGCAUAAAGACUAGCAAUAGCAUUCAUGAAAAAGUUGAAGUAUUUAAAAAUUAAAUAUGAAUUUUUGUUGUUCCUUUAAAUAGAGUUCGGACCAAAGUCUAUGAUUGCGGCUGUAGAGAACGUUUGGACAUGUAAGAACGUUUUUUUUAUUGCAAGAUAUUCGAUUUUCCUUUGUAUAAUACUAAAAGAGAAAAUUACAUUCGGCGUUUAGGGUAUACGAAGAAGAUUCGAGAAUGGUUCCACGAGAACGAUCCAUCGAUCGUGUCGGAGACUGCACUUGCGUUGGGAAGGAGUUUCCCUAAAAAUGACAAUGGUAAUUUCGACUUCCCCAGCAAAUCGCUCUUGCAGAAUCGGCUACCAGCGUACGAAAGAAACGAUUGGGUAGACACUGUCUUUUUCGCCAUUGCAGUGGUCUCGUAUGCCCACGAAAGUUAAUGAAAAGAAGAAGGAACAGGCAACAUUGUCUUCAUCUACGUGUUCCUCAAGAAGCGAUCUCUGAUCAUUGGAAAAUGUGUGAUAAAUCGAUACGUGAUGAAAAUGACAUCGACAAUGUAAAAAUACGCCAAGAAAAUGCAGACACGAAAGAACAGAUUAUAGAAGAGAUGCAUGAACAUAAAGGAGAAAUUUUGAAGAAGAAUGAUAAACAUAUGGCGGAAAAAAUCCCUUUGAAACGAAAUACCAAUGAAGAAUAUGUGAAAUUAGAGUCAGAACAUAAAUCUCCAUGUGUCUGUGCUAAUAAUCCCUGUAAUAAUUACGAUAUCUCUCCAUUGUCUUUACGAAUUGUUGAAACUAAAUAUGAAGAGAAUGAGAAUACUAAAAAGUUCAAUAAUUUCAUAAACAUCUGUGAUACAGACACAAGAAUUUUACCGAAGUAUAUGAACGAAAGUACUUCUAACGCUUUGGAAAAGAAGAAUAGUUUGUGCAAAACUAGUAUAAGCGAUUUUGGUAAAACUAUUAACGCAGGUGACCAUGUGAAUUCAAUUUUUUAUCACGAUAUACGGAAAAAAUAUGCUUCUACUAUUAAAACAAAAUCGUCAAAAGAUUACUUGGAGAUGGAAAAAACUAUUGAAUUAAGUCCUAAAUCAGAAGUGGGGGCUACAGGGAAAAUUAAUUCGUAUCAAGAGUCAAACGUUGAUAGACUCGAGAAUAACUUUCUGGAUAACAUACGAAUGUAUUCUUUGAAACAAAAGCAUAAUUUGAAACAUUCUAUAAAUAAAUCGGCUACAAAAUUACAAAAGAAAUUUCCAUAUCGUAACAUCGAUAACUCAGACAUACACAAAAACAUUUAUCCUGUUUCUUCAUAUAAAAAUACAAUGUAUCAAAGAAAGCUGCCAGAACUCCCUUGUCAGAAUUGCUAUUACGAUACAAAAAGACGUAAUUGUGAUUCCCAAUGGAAGAGCAAUAAAAAACCCUAUCCUUCAACUCAACCACGACAUAAUAUAUCUAGGAAUUUACAGUCACAAAAGAGUAAUUAUCAAUGUGAAUGUUUGAAAGCGAAGAAGAAACUUGAUUCGGUAGUUAAUCGUAAAUUUUUAUUGUCUCGUGACGUCGAGUCGUUGAAAUCCAAGCCAAAAGCCGAGAAACCGACUUUGGACUUCAUCUUCAAAAACAGAAGGUCCAACAGAUCAAGGAAUUCGACGAAUUCGUUAUAUAGUUCAUCAAUUACCUCUACUGCCACAGGUGGAAGACCCAUUCGUGACAAUUUAAAUACGUAUCAACAUUCAACCUAUAAAUCAUCGGGUUAUACGAUGCCUUCAAAUGAUCAAUAUAAAAAUAAUAAGAACAGCACAGAAAUAGAUUCUACUUGUCUAUUGUCUUCGUCAUCGAGUUUAUCAUCGUCCAGACGAUGUCACUCUUGGACGACAUUGCCGCAAAACUUUAUUUAUCGUGAACAACAAGAACCAAUUUCUUCUUCUUCGUGUACAAACAUUCACAGGUGGAAAAGAAGAUAUCCGGCAAAUGAAAAAAGAACGAGCACCUGUCUCUCUUCCACUUCAUGUUCGUUGUCAUCUUUAUCAACAUUCAGAGACUAUUAUUUAGACGAGACGGAGAAAGAAACGAGACAAAUUCAAGAAUCAUGGAGGAAACCAAAAUUUCGCCCACAGAAGAAAAGGAUAAUAUAUACGGACGAACGUCACACGAAACCUUCCUUUACGCUAACGAGAUAUCCACAAUGGUUAACAUUAUGCGUGCAUCAAGCGAUGUCACGUUAUACAUCUUUGCCAAAAAUCUCAAUUGCAAUU